AUGGCUUCUCAACGCGGAACAGACUCGCCAUCGCAGUCUGAUCAUUCCGUUCGCUUUAGUACACAGAACCAGGAGAUCGAGCCAGAAGCCAACUUGGAGCCCAUUCGCUCUCUGACAGGCCAAGACGCACACAGGGAGAUUCUGACUCCCGAGGCAGAAGAGGAGCUGAGACAGCUCAAGACCACGCUUCAGAAUGGCCUGCAGUCAAAGCGUAUGGAGCACUAUUCUUUCGAGCCUGUGUCUUUGCCAGGCUCGCAACCAGUCUCCAGGGUGCCCUCAGGCCAGUCCCACAGACGACCCGUGAUGCCAGCAGGCUCCGCGCAUCCCUCUCCUCGCCCGUCACCCCCAGCUUCAACCUUCCACUCUCCGCCACUUACUCCUUCGGCAUCUCGCUCCAGAGAAGGCAAGCCCGUCGCCAGCACAGCUGCUGCCGCCUCUCAGCUAGCCAAAGCGAGAGCCGGUGGAGAUAUUGUAACUCCCCAGAUGUCAGCCCCGUCCUCGCCUGCACCUGGCUCACGAGCUCCUUCGUCCGACGAGACUGGUGUAUCCGCCCAUCCUAGACAACAACCUCGCUUCUCCCUCGGUCCUGCUGGUGAUUCCGUGCCUCCAUCGCGUGAACACAGUCCCCAUGCCUCGGGUGCGAGUACCCCGACUGGCUCGGGAACAGUUACGCCCUCUGCUACAUACACCAAGCCAUGGCCACAAGGCGACAAAGAUGAUCCGUAUGCACGAAGCAAGAGAGCACCCCCCACUCGUAACGUAGAUUCCAUCGAUGCCCGCUUCCGCUUCGGCAACAGAGACCCUCGCAAGGGACACAGCACCUCUGGAACUUCGCUAGUCUCUCUGCCUGCAGCUGCGACCAGCUCAAGCUCAGCGAGCUUGAAGCCAUCGGAUUCCGACAAAAGGACAAGUUUCUUCGGCGGCAAGAAACACGAUCACCAUCACGACGAUACUGUCAAGAGCGACAAGGCCGCUUCCAAGGUCAGCUUGAAGCGCUUCUUCAAGAUUGGCGACAAGAAAGACAAGAGCCGCGCAAAUUCGCCUGUCAGAAGCGGGUCUUCUACACCAUCUGCUCAAUCUCAGAGUAUACCCUUUGCCGACGAUCACGGCUUAGCUUCCAAAUAUGGCAAAUUCGGCAGGAUCCUCGGCUCGGGAGCCGGUGGGUCGGUCAGACUCAUGAAGAGAACUGCUGAUGGCAAGACAUUCGCUGUCAAGCAGUUCCGCGCCCGCCACACGUACGAAAGUGAGAGAGAAUACAACAAAAAGGUUACAGCUGAGUUCUGUAUCGGUUCAACCCUUCAUCACGGCAACAUCAUCGAGACGAUCGACAUUAUCCAUGAGAAGGGCAACUGGUUUGAAGUCAUGGAGUAUGCUCCAUUCGACCUCUUCGCGAUUGUCAUGACAGGCAAGAUGUCGCGCGACGAAAUUACCUGCUGUACUUUGCAAAUUCUCAGUGGUGUCCUGUAUCUGCACAGUAUGGGUCUGGCGCAUCGAGAUCUGAAGCUUGAUAAUGUUGUGGUUAACGACCAUGGCAUUAUGAAAAUCAUCGAUUUCGGAAGUGCUGUUGUCUUCAGAUAUCCUUUCGAAAACGACAUCGUACUGUCUACGGGUGUGGUCGGUUCGGAUCCCUACCUUGCUCCCGAGGUCUACGACAAUUCUCGAUAUGAUCCGCAACCAGCGGAUAUCUGGUCGAUAGCAAUCAUCUUCUGCUGCAUGUGCUUGCGUAGAUUCCCGUGGAAGGCGCCAAGAAUCUCAGACAACUCCUACAGGCUUUUCGUCUCACCACCGGAUCCUGGUCAAGACCAGCUCCUCGCCCAAUCUCGACAGUCUAUCAGUAAUGGACCAGGAAAGACGGAAAAUGGGUCUUCGACUUCGGGAGAUCAGCCCAGCCAACAGAUCAAGGGUCCAUUGCGUUUGCUCCGCCUACUACCGCGUGAUACUAGACACAUCAUUGGCCGUAUGCUCGAGCUCGACCCGCGCCGACGUGCCACUAUGGAUGAGAUUCUUGCCGAUCCUUGGGUUCAGAACGCCUACGUAUGUAGGCAGGAGGAAGGAGGAGAGUGUUAUCACGCUCCUGGCCACACCCAUGUCUUGGAGCCCGGCGGUGCGGCUCAGGCACCGCCUAAGAAGUAG